AUGAAGGGUCUACAACAUGUCGCCCUGGUGGCUGCUGCUGCUACGGCGGCCGCCGCGCAAACGUGUGCCGACGUGAUCGUACCAAGCUACACGCCUCCUCAGAUCGCCGCAGGCUGGCAAGCACAGCUGGUUGCGAAUGGUUAUAAGAAGCCACGGACUAUCCACGUCGAUAGCGAGGGUGCGCUGCUUGUUCUCGACGCCGCCGUGGGCGUUUACCAUGUCACCUUCAAGGACAAUGGCGGGACCUGUCUCACGCUUGCCGAAAGCAAGCUCAUGAUCAACAAUACCCGCUUGACUCACGGCAUGGCUCUCUCUGAAGAUGGCAAGACUAUCUAUGCCUCUUCCGUCUCUCAGGUCCUCGCUUGGGCCUACGACCAACAGGCCGGCACUGUCAACGCAGAGCCUGCCGUUGUUAUCGACAACAUGGCGAACAAUGACCAGACAACGCGUACCCUGGUCAUGUCACAGGCGUCCAAGGAUUGGCUUGUUGUCUCCCGCGGUGUCGAUGAGAACUUCGAUGUCGAUGCUUUGGAUACUUCAUCUGGACAUGCCCAGGUCAAGGCCUUCGACCUGAGCAAGGUGGGCAAUGACCCCUUUGACUUCAGUACCGACGGCAAGCUAUUGGGCUGGGGCAUUCGCAACGCCGUUGCUGUCGCCGAAGAUCCCGCAACGGGCAACAUCUGGGCGAUGGACAAUUCUAUUGACGAUAUCACCCGCAACGGCUUUGACAUCCACGACAACAACCCUGGUGAAGAGUUGAACCUGCUUGGCACCGUCGCGAAUGAGACCGAAGCUGGAAACUACGGCUACCCCCGCUGCUUUGCCGUUUGGGACACCAGCAUUCCGCUCAACGAUUCUCUUAAGGUCGGGGACCAGUUCUCGAUGGAACAGAACACUACCAUGAAUGACACCCGCUGCCAUAACGACUACAUCGCUCCUCGGUUGACUUUUCAGCCGCACACUUCUCCCGUCUUCCUCAAGUUUGACAAGGACGGCUCUCGCGCCUUUAUGUCCUUCCGCGGCAGCUACAACCGACCUGAACCUGUCGGUUAUGCCUUGACCGCUGUCGAGUUUGCCAAGGGCGAACCUAUUGCCAGCAGUGACUCGACUGAUACCCUUAAGAACAUCAUGUACAACAAGGAUCUCAGUACUUGCCCCGAUCAAUGUUUCCGACCGGUUGGCCUCGCCUGGGACUCCAAGAACAGACUCUUUAUGACUUCCGACAGCACUGGCGAGAUCUACAUCCUCCAGCAGAAUGAUAUCUCGCCUACCUCUACCUCCCCAGGCUCUAUCGUCAUCUCAACUGCGAAACCCGAUGUGGCGAGUGGCAUGGCGCCAUCUUUAAGUCUUAGCUUCGCAUCUCUUUGCGUUCUCUUGUUUCUGUAA